AAGCAGCAGCACAGCCCUCCCCAAAGUUUUUCAUUUAGCUCGCUGGCUAGCAGCGUUUAACUGUCAAAGUAAAUGUAUCGUAAAAGCAACACAUUAUAUUUAAAAGGCGUUAUUGGAUAGUAUUUGAUGCCUCAGUAAGUUUGGGGUAACUGUCCAAACAAUCAAAUACGUCUUUCAUCGCGAUAUCUCAUGACUGCGAUGACCUGCAAAUUAAGUGGCCUGUUCAGCAUUGGCGAGGACUUUGAUGAUGAGGACCUGCUGGGGACAGACUGGGUUGUCCGCUCAGCGUCUGGACCAGCCGAUGUGGCAGCUGCUGUGUCAUCUUGCACGCUGCGGGCCUCCUCUGUUGCUGUCAGAGAGCCGGAGGAAAAUUGCCUUCAGCAAACUGGAGCGAGAUCAGCUGCCCUGUGUAAUGGCAUAGCAUCAAGGAGCAGCACGCACACGGCUGCUGGACAAACUGUUGCUUUGGGUCUGAGACAACUCCCCUCCUCCGCUCAGCCUCCCUCCUCCCGUCCUCCCGCACUGAAUAACUGUCAGCCUAAUUUGGCAUCACAACAGAGUCAUGCUAACGCGGAGGAGCCGCUGAAGCCGUCCGUGGCUCUGGAUGAUUUUGAUGAUUGGGAUGUUGACCUGGCGGACCUGGAUGAGUGUGACCGUCAGAUCGGGCAGUCGCUUCAUCCGCCUGCUCCAGCCCCACCUGAGCCCGCGGUCGUUCCUGCACAUUCAGCCAAAACGCUACGGCCCCCGACCUGUGGAGGGAUUCAGACACAACCUGAUCGGAGCGUGAGAGCGCUCAGCACUGCACGCCAGGCUUCUUGCUCGUCUAGUCAUAACAUACCUCCCCGGACCAUCUCCACUCCUCUUCUGCAAUCUCCAAAUCCCCGACCUGCUUUCCCAUCUGCUCCACAGAGUCCUAGUGUUUUCCCUGGCCUUACAGCAACUUCUCCUGCCCCCAGCCCCAUUUCCAGGACACUCAACAGGCCACAGCAGCCACAGAGACUGUGGGCAACUCCAGGACCCUCCCCUCACGGCCGUGGGCUCUUUGAGACAGUCUCCCCAGCGCCCUUUUCCUCCUCGUCUUUGAACUCCUCCACUCUGAGCCCUCAUCCCCUUCACACACCGGUCCUCACCAACCGCCUGGUUCAACUGGUAUCUGCCUCCAAUAAGCUUCCUAAGAAGAGGCCUCGCUCUGAGCCUCACCGGCCGAGGACCCGCCGCUUCCCUGGCCCUGCUGGACUCCUGCCACAGCAGCCGCAGGGUCAGAGCCUGGACAACAUAGUGGUUUCUGUCCCUCAGACUCCUGCUCACGGUGCGGUGGCCCGGUUACCAAGCCAGGGUUCAAGCUCACAGAGCGAGGAAGAGGAGUUCAGCGGCGGUGCCUGGGCGGCGAUGAAGGCAGACAUGGGAUUGGAUGAGAGGAACCCCUUGUGCUUCCUGCACUCCUACAGUGUCAUCAUGGUGCUUCGAAAGGCUGCACUUAAACAGCUGGCAAAAAACAAAGUGCCCAACAUGGCCGUGCUCCUGAAGAGCAUCGUCCACACACAUGCUGAUGCCAAGGCUGUGUUUAAAGACCCAACAGGGGAGAUUCAGGGAACAGUGCAUCGGCGUCUCCUAGAGGACAGAGCGGAGGAGCUGAAGGUCGGAGCUGUACUGCUGCUCAAACAAGUGGGUGUGUUUUCCCCCUCCCAUCGUAACCAUUACCUGAACGUGACACCCAACAACCUGCUGCGGAUCUACGCCCCUGAUGGAGUCAGUCUGUCCUCCACUCAGCUCCCCCCGCUCACCCUGGAGCCGCUGUUGACGUCAGCCGCUCGGUCUCCGAGCGUCCCCCGGGAGCCCGUGUCUCGGAUGCACCUGGUGUUUGAGGAGGAGGAUGACGAGGGAGAUAAAUGCUCUGAGGGAGGCAAAGACCCUCAACCCUCAACAGACACUAGAGCCGGCUCCAGCAGAGGCCCCCAACAGCCUUCUGGGAACCCAGCACUGCAGGACUCAGGCUGGGAUGCAGAUGAUGACCUGGAUGAACUCCUGGGAGAGUUACCUGAGGACGCCUACAGCCUUUGAUCUAACGUUGCAUCAGCAAACUUGCUCUUCACUGACUCGAGCAAUUUUACGACUGAAUAACACUAAAGAUGUUUUGUUCUUCUGAUAUCACCUCUUUAAUCCUCUGACCACUGAAGAACUUAUGAAAAUGUGUAUCUGUUGUAAAGAACUUUUUUUCCCCUUGUCAGUCAACUGUGUUUAAUGUCUAGUUUAUAAAUACCACAGAGAAUGGGCUUGAGU